AUGUACAAUGAACAUUUUACUCAACCUGGCACCUAUUUAAGGUUCUAUUUGGAAAAGAAAGGAAUCGGACCAGAUCUUAAUCAUUUGCUUCUAGUCCACUCCGAUCAGAUUCUUUUAUGCUUCAGAGUGUACAUAGUGUACCUUGGAGAACAUAGUGGAGAGAAAACAUAUAAUGAAAUUGAAGAAAACCAUCAUUCAUAUCUGUUCUCUGUGAAAGAAACUGUGGAAGAUGCUAAAUCUUCUCUUAUUUACAGUUACAAGUCCAGCAUCAAUGGCUUCGCAGCAUUGCUCACCCCAGAUGAAGCCUUCAAACUGUCCGAGAUUGAGGAAGUGUUCUCUGUAUUGCGGAGCCAGUCGACAAAGUACUCUUUGCAGACUACAAGGUCAUGGGAAUUUUCCGGUUUACAACAACUACAAGGAAGUAAAGGGUUUCAAUUGAAGGAGGACUUGUUACUGAAAUCAAGAUAUGGCCAAAAUGUUAUUGUUGGCAUGCUAGAUAGUGGUGUGUGGCCAGAAUCAAAAAGCUUCAGUGAUAAAGGAAUGGGUCCCUAUCCAUCAUCAUGGAAAGGAAUUUGUCAAUCAGGAGAUGCAUUCAACUCUUCAAACUGUAACAAGAAGAUAAUAGGUGCACGAUACUACAUCAAAGGUUAUGAGGCACACUACGGCCCUCUUAACAGAACAUUGGAUUAUCGAUCCCCUCGUGACAAGGAUGGACAUGGAACUCACACGGCAUCAACAGUUGGAGGCCGAAGGGUUCAAAAUGUUUCCGCAUUGGGUGGAUUUGCCCGUGGCACUGCCUCAGCCACUGGUGUCAAUUACAAAAAUGCUCUCAAAAUUCUAAACUACAUCCAUUCUACAAAAACACCGAUGGCCUAUAUAGUACCAACUACAACAGAGUUAGAUAGCAAGCCAGCACCAUUCAUGGCUUCCUUCACCAGUAGAGGCCCGAGCACAGUUUCACCCAAUAUUCUCAAGCCAGAUAUUACGGCUCCAGGGCUAAAUAUAUUGGCUGCAUGGAGUGAAGCCUCAUCUCCAACAAAACUAGACCAAGAUCAUCGUGUUGUCAAAUAUAAUAUCCUAUCAGGAACAUCUAUGUCCUGCCCACAUAUAGGUGCAACGUCUGCACUUCUGAAAGCCAUACACCCGAGUUGGAGUAGUGCUGCUAUAAGAUCUGCUCUGAUAACCUCAGCGGAACUGAAUAACAAUUUAGGCAUGCCAAUAACUGAUGCGUUCGGUAAGCCGGCAGAUCCUUUCCAAUUCGGAUCAGGUCAUUUUAGGCCAACGAAAGCAGCUGAUCCUGGACUUGUGUAUGAUGCAUCAUACAUGGACUAUCUUCUUUUCCUCUGCAGCAUUGGGAUUAAGAACUUAGAUUCUUCGGUCAAGUGUCCUAUAAAGCCACCCUCUCCUUCUAAUCUCAAUUAUCCGUCCCUCGCCAUUCCCAAACUCAAUGGCUCCUCUACUGUAGAGCGAAGAGUCACAAAUGUUGGUAGCAGUAAGAGUGUCUAUUUCAUCAAAGUUAAACCACCACCGGGAUUCUCCGUGAAAGUCUCACCUUCAAUUUUAUUCUUUAAUCAUAUUGGCCAGAGGAAGACAUUCACCAUCACAGUAAAAGCAAACAGGGUAAACAAAGGCAUGGGGAAAGACAAGUACGCAUUUGGAUGGUAUACAUGGUUUGAUGGAAUCCACAAUGUCCAAAGUCCCAUUGCAGUUUCAGUCGCAUAG